AUGGCAUCAAAUAAAGAUUCUAUCGAUACUGAAGACGGGCAAGAUAUUGAAACCAAAUAUCCUUUAUUGUCUUUCGAAAAACAAAUAUUUGUAGAUAGCUUUGAGAAAGACGCUCUGGUUAUAAUGGCAAAGGGAAUUAAUUAUAACAACAUAAUUUCAAAUCUAUUAUGGAUUUAUAAAGAUCCUGCACACUUAGUAUUUGUGCUGAACAGUGGUGAACAUGAAGAAAAAUAUUUUAAUGAGAAAUUCAAAUUAUCACCAUUACCCAAUAUAGGAGCUGAAAGAGAGAAAGCAUAUUUAGAAGGUGGCAUUCAUUUGGUUUCUACUCGCAUAUUGGUAGUAGAUCUAUUGAAGAAGCGUGUUCCAAUAUCUCAUAUUACUGGUAUUAUAGUUUUGCGUGCACAUACAGUGCUGGAGUCAUGUCAGGAAGCAUUCGCACUGAGACUUUAUAGGCAAAACAACAAGACUGGAUUUGUUAAAGCUUUCUCAAACUCCCCCAUAUCUUUUACAUUUGGUUACAAUCAAGUUGAGAAAGUUAUGAGAGCAUUAUUUGUGACUGAAUUAUUUUUAUGGCCAAGGUUCCAUGGCUCAAUUAUCAAGAAUCUUAAGAGUAGACAAGCUGAGGUGGUAGAGUUGCAUAUACCUCUUACUACCAACAUGAGUUACAUACAAACAUGUCUGCUUGAUAUUAUUAAUUACACUGUUAAACAACUGAAGAGCAUCAACAGGACUUUAGACAUGCAGGAAAUAACAACAGAAAACUGUAUUACUAAAAAGUUCCAUAAAAUUCUUCAAUCACAGCUGGACUGUGUGUGGCAUCAAUUAAGUACAAGAACUAAAGAAUAUAUUCAAGAUCUUAAAGUACUAAGGAGUAUGACUGUAAACUUACUGCAUGACGAUGCUGUUUCAUUCCAUGCAUUAGUCAGUAAAUACAGCACUUCAGAGUAUGCUAAAGUGAAUUCUGGAUGGAUCCUUUUAGAGUCAGCUGAGCAAUUAUUCCGACUAGCUAGAGGAAGAGUGUUUAACCAUAAGCAAGAGUUUGACCCAGAACCAUGUCCGAAGUGGAAAUGUCUUAGUGAUCUGCUGUUAAAGGAAAUACCAGAAGAAAUAAAGAAGAACAAAGGUAGCCUAAACAAGACUAAAAUAUUAGUCCUUUGUCAAGAUAUCAGGACAUGUUCACAACUAAAUAAUUACCUAACAAUGGGCCCUUAUAAAUAUCUAUUUUAUAUGGCAUUCAGAAACGACCUGACCAUCAAUUCUGUUUCAUCUCAAUACAUGUCUCUACAGAAACCUGUUUCAAAAGAAGAAAUACCCAUUACACAUGAAGUUGAAGAGAGGGAUAAUAAAGAAGAAUUAGUAAAUGAAAUUAAAUCAAACUAUAUUUUAACUUUAACACAAUCUGCUAUACAGUGUGAUGCAAAAUCUGAGAUACAUGAUGAAAGUAUGUUUGAACCCAUUUCUCAGAUGGAUAAUCUUGAUUUCACACAACUUGAAACUGAGAAACCUAUCAUUUGCAUACAAACAUUCAAAGAGAGUGGCUGUAAUUUUUCUCUAGAACGAACAUUAGACGCCUUACGUCCUGAAUAUGUAGUUUUAUAUCACUGUGACGUGGCAGCUGUGAGGCAGAUAGAACUGUUUGAAUGUCGUAAGACUAUAGAAGAGCCAAAAACUAAAGUAUAUUUUAUGAUACAUGAUAAAACUGUUGAAGAACAGGCCUAUCUCACAUCCCUAAAGAGAGAGAAACAAGCAUUCGAGCUCUUAAUUCAAACAAAGAGUGUAAUGGUAGUCCCAUCAUACCAAGAUGGUAAAACAGAAGAGUAUUUUAAUUUGAAUGUGGAACAUGAUGACAAUACCUUGGACACUAGAAAAGCUGGUGGACAAAAUCAGACAAAAGAAAAACCAGUUGUUAUUGUUGAUAUGAGAGAGUUCCGAUCAGACCUACCAGCUUUACUCCACAAAAAAGGAAUCAAUAUCGAACCUGUCACUAUAGCAAUUGGCGAUUAUAUUCUAACUCCAGACAUCUGUGUUGAAAGGAAAUCAAUUUCUGAUUUGAUUGGAUCUCUAAAUUCAGGACGACUUUAUACUCAAUGUACACAAAUGUGUCGAAACUACAGUCGACCUAUUUUGCUUAUUGAAUUCGACCAGAACAAACCGUUUAAUCUGCAGGGUCACUUUGUGGUGUCGACAGACAUAUCAGGAGCAGAUAUACAACAAAAGCUACAACUGCUUACAAUACAUUUCCCUCGUUUGAAGCUAGUGUGGUCACCCAGUCCUUAUGCCACUGCAGAAUUGUUUUAUGAAUUAAAACAAGGUAGAAAAAAUCCCAAUGUCGAAGAGGCUCUUGCCCUCAGUGGUGACAAUACUGCAGAAGACAUGCAUUAUGAGCGUUACAACAUUCUAGUCCAUGAUUUUGUUCAAAAGUUGCCCGGAGUAAGUUCCAAGAACAUUGCUAGAAUCAUGGACAGAGGCAUAUCAUUGGACCAUCUCAUUACACUUACUCAAGAUGAGCUGCAAGCAAUUAUUGAAAACAAAAAUGAAGCAUCAACUUUAUAUUCCAUACUACAUGUCAAGCCUAGCCCUGCAGAUGCAAAUAAAGAUGAGAAAUAUGGAAAAAAGAAAUUCACAGGGAGAAAAUUUCCAAAUAAAAAAAAUAAUAACUUUGUAAAAUAA